AUGGCAAGUGGAAGAAUCGUAAAGGAAAUUCGUGAGCCACAGACGGGUUUUACCAAGCCGGAUGCCAUGUUAACUAGAGUAAUUCCUAAUUUUAUUGAUUAUUGUAACAUCGAUCAGUUCAAAGAAACAUCUAACAUAAAAUUGGAAGGUGUUACUAUCUUUGGGUACGAUCAAAGACGCAAAUUUACUAAAAGCACGUGGUUGAAUUCCGAAGACCGAAAUGAAAGUGAAGACAAGUUUCUUGCAACGUUAGAUAAAUCAGACAAGCAGAAAGUCGUGGAAAAUAAAUCAAUCCGGCUCGAUAUACAAAAAUCGACGGGAGAAAACAAAGUGAAUCUUCAAAUACAAUACGAUGGAGUACUUUAUGCUCUGAUUACUGUACCAACUGGCUAUAAGUUUGGUAAGACGAAACUAAAGGAGCUAUUGAAAGACAGUUUUAAGCAGCAGGUGAAAAUUGAAAUCGUAUUCGAAUAG